UGCAGCCCAUGGAUUUUAUUCUGUGCGCGGCGCCGAGCGAGUGAAAAUAUAUCCAAAACAAACUGCGAGGCCACAUCCAUUUUCAACUCUCCCGGGUGUUUUCAGCUUGAAAUUCGAAUCUGCAACUUCAGCCGUCGGUGUGAUCUGAGGUGUCCGUGUUUUUCGGAUUUGAAAACGGUGCAGUUUAAAGUGAUUCUGGUGAUUUCAACUCUCGUGCGCAACAGGCGACCGGAUUUCGCCAUUCGUUCCGCCUCUCUGGACCAUAAAACGUCGAUUUGAUGCUGGCCUCUGGAAAUCACGAAAGAGUCUGGUCGCCGUGAGGGCGCGGAAUGCUGAGGGUCCUAUUGCACAGCACCUGCAUCAUCGUCGACAUCGCCAGCAACCACAUCUGAGAAGCAAAAUGAUCAAGACACCGGCGUUGUUGCCCCUGCUCACAGGUGGAUUUGUGUGCCUGAUCUUGGCAGGGGUGGUUUAUGCUGGCGGUAACCAACAACAGGAAGCCUCUACAAUCGCCCCAAAGGCUGUAAACGAGAGCUCGGCGCCACUGAACAACAGCGUUGUCGCGGCUGCCGAGGCCAAAGAUGAAAAAACCACUUCAGAAAAACCACUUUGCACGGACUGCAUACCAGAGGGAACUUCCAAACUGGCAUUUCCUGCAACCAAGACUAACCAAAUAGAUAUGAAUAAAUACACUGCAGAGAAAAUUGCAAAUGAAUAUUCGGAGCGCAUCAAAGCGUCAAUAGACUUGAUGCCCUCGUCAGUGGAAGAGCGGUUGCGCCAGCUUUCCGAGGAAGUGCACAAGGGUUUCAACCAUAAUGACUUUUUCGACGAGCCUUCGUCUUCGUUGAUCGCGCCCACCUCUUCUUCUGCCAAAAUUGUGCCUACCAGCUCUUUCUCGGAACCAGAGUUUGCCGCUGCCAACAACGACUGGACGCCCAUCAAUCCGCAGCCCUUCCACACUCCGGAACUGCCAAGGCAGUUUUCCGUCGGAGUUGGUUUUGUCAGCAAAGUGCAUUACGACCACUCGCAAGAUCCCAACAAGAUCGUCAAGUCGUCGGUUUUCUACUUGGACGAUGGUGAUGCCACCGGGUUUGUGUCUUCGUCCAACUUCAAGUAUGAGAAAACCGUCCCCCCGUCAAUUCAGCCCACUUCGGUUACCAUGGUUGUGCACUCCACUGGUGCCUACACUAGCAAUGAGAGGGGCUAUUAUCAUGAAGAACCAGAGAAAGAACCUGAAGUGGACAUUUCCAUCACCUCUGACUCAGUGCACACUGUGCUCACUAACGAUGGCAUCAAUCUGCUGAAUGACACAUCCACUUCAUCAACUUUGAACAACAUCACAGUCAACAAGGAGUUCCACAGCGCCAAAAAUCUGUCCACCAUCAUCCCUCCACUUGGAGCCAAACACAACGUUACAGACGUGGAAUUGAUUCCCAGCGCUGAGUCAAAACUGGUCAAAGCCGUGACCAACAGCAGUGAGAAUGAAGCCCUGAAUAAAGUCAACGACACUGGAAAACCGGUCAAAGAUAUGGAGGAGUCCAUGUCGGGUCAGUCCAUCACUGUUUCGGCGUUUGCUGAGAGGAAGGGUCUGCCCAAGUCAACCACCGAGAUGUCUGCCGAUUUGUCGGAAAAGGAACAAGAGACGUCAGUGACGCCGAAAAGCAUUCCAGCCAAUAUUAUCCGGAACAGAAAACCUUCCUCAGGGUACAGAAGGAGGACUACAAGCACUACAACAACAACCACGACAGAAGCUCCAGUCGAAAUUACAACGGAAAAUUCUGACGAUUCUAUGGCUAUGGGUUCAGAGAGCAUGCUAGAUUGUACAACCACGGAGGGGGAAGAGGAAGUCACUGAAUCGCCUAAGAAUGAGAACAAGAUUGUCACGCACAGCAGCAGCACCACUACCACCACUGUGCGCGUCUACACCACUAAUGAGCCUCCCACGUCUGAGGGAAAUCAAAUGACGCCUCUCUCGACCUCGACGUUUUUGCCAGAGGCUGAGGAGACAACAUACAAAAUAAUUUCUGAGAGCACCACUGUCCACAACGUCCACUCGGUCGAAAGCACCCUCAAACCUACAAAGACAGACGAGGAAGACGAUUGUGAAAUGGAGGAGCCAAAUUCUUCGGCAGCUCCCGGUGUCAGUCAGAAAACGCCAAUUCAUGAAACCAAUGUAACGGCCGAGGAGACCACUGAGAUCCCAAUGGAGGUCAAGGCCUACUUGCAGCUGAAGGUGGCCACCUCGUGGGAAGAGCUGUGCAGAAAUCAAGAGGAUUUCAAGAAGGGUUUGGCUGAUAUGCUGUCCAGAGGCACCAAGAAGGACGUUUCGCCUGACAGGGUGGUCCUUCUGAAUGAUGAAGAGUGCCACGAGCCACCACCGGAGGAGGCUGAUGGAAUUUCUGUCCAUCUUUAUCUGCAGGAUGAGCAUGGAGAUUAUGACAUGAACCUUACCCAGGCCUUCCCGACCAUUUGGCUCGGACAAAUGGACAACAACACCUUAAAGAUCACCUGCGCUGACAUUAGAUUUACAAAUAACGAGCAGGCCCCUUCAACGGCUGAGAAUGGAGGAGUGAUUGCUGCAAUUGCAAUCACUGGUGUUGCUGCUGGAUGUUUCUUGCUCCUUGUUAUUCUUAUGCUCAUUAUGAGGAAGCGGCAGGGCAGAUUCAACUAUGGCCAAAGGUGCACACCUGUGUCCCUGGACGCUUACAGCCUGGACAGCGUUUCUGUCUACAACAGUGUGCGUAGGAAAGGCGCCUUGAGAGCUUCGAAGAGGUCUUACGGAAACCCCAACUUUGAAGACGGGGAGGGCCCUUCACACCAAAUGAAUUUCGCCGGUCUGGCCAACUGCCUGAACGACACCAAGGCUAUCCACGAGGAAUUCGCGCUGGUGCCCGUCAUUCACGCCAGACUGGAUGAACUGCCGGCUGGAGCAGAGACCAAAAACAGAUACGCCAAUGUGAUUCCCCUGCCUGAAACUCGGGUGCCUCUCACCAAGAGAGGCUCCGACCUCCUGUCGGAGUACAUAAAUGCCAACUUUGUCAGGGGCCCGAAAAAUGCCCCUAGAUAUUACAUAGCUUGCCAAGCGCCGAUGGAGUCGACAGUCUCCGAUUUCUGGCGCAUGAUUUGGGAGCAGCAGAGCAAAGUUAUCCUCAUGCUGACUGACUUGGAGGAGAAUGGAGUGGAAAAGUGCGCAGACUACUUGCCGCCCUCGGAGGUGCUGGACUGUCACAGACUGUUCGGCGACUUCCAUGUGACACUUAAGAAAAGGGAGGAGAGGGACAAAUAUGUCAUCUCUACACUCCAGCUUAAGAACAUGGAAUCAAACUUGUGGAGAGAAGUGACACAUUUGUGGUACUUUGGGUGGCCGAGCACAGGUGUGCCGGAGGAAGCCAACGCCAUCAUAGCGUACAUCAUAGAGGCGCGCGCCUUCAUGAAGGGCAACACCGGCCCCAAUGUGGUGCACUGCAGCCCCGGAACAGGCAGAACAGGCACCAUCAUUGCCGCCGACUUGUGCAUCAGGGAUUUCGAGAAGAGCCGAGUGGUCGACGUGCCUAAAAUAGUCCAACGUCUCCGUCGGGACAGAGCAGGAGCGGUACAGACCAAGGAGCAGUACCUCUUCAUUUAUCAGGUUUUAAAUUUAUAUGCAGCCAAAUUGACAGGCGGGGCCAUGGAAUCAUUAUAGGAACCUUCUCGAGGAAACCAGACUGUGCAAAAAAUCAGUGAUUUAAUUAAUACAAAAAUUAAUCAAUGGCUGACAAUUAAUUUUAAAUUAAUAUCACUCGCGAGUUUCAAUCGUGCCUGAUCAGAUUCACUCUGAAACAGAGUGAUGUUAUUUAUAUAUCAUUAGUUUAAAUAAUUUUAAGGAAUAAAAACAGCUAUUUGAACUGAGGGACCAAUUAUGUACAGUAGUUCAACAACCAGACACGGAGAUCUUGAGUAGAGACGUUUGCAUUUUGCAUCCAUCAAGCACUUUUAGUGUCGUUGUUGCAUUUUAGCGUAAUUUUUCCACAAGCGCUUCAAUAGAUUUCCUUAAAAAAGCACAAAUUUGUAUAAAAGGUAUAAAAAAAAGUUAGAACGCCAUAAAUAAUGAGAAAGACUUAGCGUCUUUUUAUGCUAUUGAUUCAUGUCGUUGUUGCUCACUAUUUGUUAGCACGAAGCAAUUUGGUAGCCAUGUUUCUGUGAUCAUUGAAGAUUUUUAAGUAGGAAUUUUUGACUGUGAGCGCUCUCUCUUUGUUCCAUUUAUAUUUUGUUCCUUGUCCUUUGGCGGCUACAUAAAAGAUAGUAUAUAAAAUAUUGGACUAUUUGUUUUGCCACGCACUUUUGUAAUUAAAAUGUUCGAUAAAACAUGACAAUGAGAAAGUGCGAGCACCGCCAAAGUUUGGAUGUGGCCUGAAGCAGCAGCACAGAGAAUGUAUCAAGCAGUGCAUAUCAAUUAAUCAGUUUGAGUGGCAAGGAAGGGUAGAUCUCACUCCAUUUGUGAAAAGUGAAAAGUAUAUGUAUGUUUGAAUGCGACCUUGUAUAAACAUUUUGAAUCAACGGGGAACUAUUUUAUCAUUGAUAAUUAAUUAAUAAAGUGUUGUAAAACUAUUUAGCUGAAA